AUGCAAAAGGAAGAGCCACCCAAGAAGCGGGUCAAGAUGGCCUUACCCAAGACAGAUCACUACGGUCUCUUUCUGGAAGCAUUGGAGAUAUGUGGUCAGUACCGGCUUCCUCAAGAUUUGGAUCUUGUGGAUGUGGUUCAUCUUCGCUUAACAUCCAAAGGAUGUGGCAAGGUCGCUGCCAAACUGGCACUCGACCGCUUGCAAAGUCUUUGCUUGAAAUACAGAGUUGUGGAUCGAGUACACGAAAGGAUACACCAUGGGCGUAUUCGUGACUCUAUUGUGUGCUGCGAACGUCCCUAUGAAACUGAUUUCGUGGCAGGUACUACUGUCAGCGAUGGUUGCAUCAAGCACACUUUCAUCGCCACAGAACAACAAGUCUAUGAGUUUGACUGGAAGGCACCAACACCGGAAGAACGAGAAAUUAAAGAAAACGCUCGGGAAAAAUAUCUGCUAGCCGUUUCUCACCAUGUCGAAGUGGUAUUAGAGCUUCCAGAAGAAGAACAAAGCGAAGACGGAAGGCUCAUGAGGUGCUCUCCAAACCCUGCCCAACUUACAUUUCAGCUUAUUAAAAUGUCCAAGAAGGAAGCCGGUCAAACAAUCGAUAUCGAAGGCACGCCAGGAGGAAGUCUGGAAUGCGAAAUCAUCCACGCUCAAUGCAUCGACUGCCCUGCAACAGAAGAAGAUGGUCCUACAAUUCAUCACAAAGGAUCCUUUAGGAUCAAAAGUGUCACAGUGGAUUUGAAAGUGUUGUCUUUAUUCAUUCUACACAACAAAGAACGCUAG